AUGUCUUUGGUACCAUCGUUGAAGAGAAGCCUUAAUCCGUUAUUACUUGGUCAUUUCCGUACAUAUUUAGGCUCUUUCGAUCCAUUCAUGAAUAAUACCAUCCUUACUCAGCGAAGAGGAGCUGUUCGUGGCAAAACUAAUUUUGUCGUGAAUUUUGUCCCGCAGCAGGAAGCUUGGAUAAUUGAACGCAUGGGAAAAUUUCAUUCUAUUUUAGAUCCUGGAUUUAAUAUUUUACUGCCAUUUCUCGAUCGUAUCAAAUAUGUGCAAGUAAUGAAAGAGUUGGCAAUUGAAGUACCGCAGCAAGGUGCCGUGACGAGUGAUAAUGUGCAAUUGCAAAUUGAUGGAGUUCUGUACCUGCGAGUAGUGGAUCCGUACAAGGCUUCGUAUGGUGUUGAAGAUCCAGAAUAUGCGAUUACACAGCUUGCACAAACAACGAUGCGUUCGGAAGUAGGCAAAAUCAAUCUAGACACAGUAUUUAAGGAACGCGAACAGCUCAACAUCAAUAUUGUCGAGUCGAUAAAUAAAGCAGCUGAGCCUUGGGGAUUGCAAUGCAUGCGAUAUGAAAUUAGGGACAUGACAAUGCCUAUAAAAAUUCAGGAAGCAAUGCAGAUGCAAGUGGAAGCGGAACGGCGGAAACGUGCGGCAAUUCUAGAGUCAGAGGGCAAGCGUGAGGCAGCAAUUAAUAUUGCGGAAGGUGAAAAGCGAGCACGCAUUUUAGCUUCGGAAGCUUCGAUGCAGGAAAAAAUUAACGAAGCUAAGGGCAAGGCAGAAGCCAUUCAGAUAAAUGCACAGGCUCAAGCACUGAGUAUCAAACUGGUUUCGGAAUCGUUAAAUAAAACGGGUGGUUAUGAUGCGGCAGCCUUAUCGGUGGCUGAGAAGUAUGUCACAGCCUUCGGACAAAUAGCUAAGGAUACGAAUACAAUAAUUGUACCAUCUGAUUUGGCUAAUGCAAGCGGUAUGGUUGCUCAGGCACUAACGGUUUAUAAUGAAUUAGCAAAGAAGAAGAUACCGUCCAUGUUUCCAUCGAAACAAGGAGUUAUUGAAACAAAGGAUGAUGGAGAAUUUUCACCACGGCAUAAACAGUAG